GCUGUUUACCUGCGGACUCUAACGAUAGGUAUGUCAAUAUCAAUUCAUGGUAUCGGAGGAAAGUAAUAAAAAUAUUCUAAUCUAAUACUGUACUGGAGAAUACAAAAUACAAAGCUGUUAACUAAAAUAAACUUUUUGCCAUGUCUUUGGCUCAUGCUAACGGAGCCGUCCUGUAGAGUGUCCUUGAGCAAUUUGCCAGCGUAGAGCAAAUCCUGGACCUGGCUCCAGUCGAUCUCCGAUUCCCGAUGAACGCCAACGGUAACGGAGGAGCAGCGCCUGUCUGCGGUGGAUUGGGCGGUGCAGGUGGUGCGCACGCAGGAGCUGCUGGCGCAGUUGGUGCUGCUGGUGGAGGUGUUGUCGGCGGUCCUGGAGGCGGAGCAGCUGUUGCGGAUCAGGCUGGUGAUGCAGCCGGUGGAGCAGCAGGUGGUGGCGCUGGCGAUGCAGCUGCUAAUCCCCAAGGAAAUAUUAAUGGAAUUAGUGCGAGUACAUCAGAAAAUCCAGCGAACGGAGCCACCUCCAACGAGGAUCAGGACGCCAAGCGGCGGAAGUGUCGCGAAGCAGAAGAAGGUCAAGAUGGAGCCAGCACGAUGAUCGAUGCGAAUAGUGUGCUCAAUAAGAUUGCUAACCUGUACGCUGAACAGCUGAUGUCAGAUAUAGUGCUUCUGGUGGACGGGAAGGAGUAUCCUGCGCACCGCGUUAUCCUGUGCGCCAGCAGUGACGUCUUUCAGGUGAUGUUAAUGAAUCCAGAGUGGAACGAGUGCAGCAAGCAUGUGAUUGAACUUCACGAGGAGGCAUGCUGCUCGGCGGUGUUUCCGCAGUUCAUCAAGUACCUGUACGUGGGCCACAUCGAGGUCACGCUGCAGACGGUGAUGCCAAUGCUCGCGCUGAGUGACAAGUACAAUGUACGCGACCUGAUCGAUCUCUGUGUGGGCUACAUGAAUAAGCACGUGGCCAAGGCGGCGACCAGCGGUUACCUGGUCUCCUGGCUGCAAUAUACACUCUCCUUCACGCCCACCCACAACGAUCUCACCGAGACGCUGAAGCGGUUUCUCAAAUGGAACCUCGAAAUGGUGGCCGAGUCGCGAGACUUUGUGGAAAUGGACCCGGCCAUACUGCAACUGCUGUUGCAGCAAAACGAUUUGGUUGUCACCAGCGAGUACAAACUGUUUGCCAUCCUGCAGACGUGGCUGCUGCAUCGUCGAGAACAGAUGGAGGCUGUCGCCAGUGGUAGCUUUAUGGAGCUGAUCGAACAGACGGUGUCCCACAUCCGCUUUGGCAUGAUGACGCCACGCGAGCUGUCGCAUCUGCUGAUGGAUCCGUUAAUCGAGUAUCACAAGGAGUUCCUUGUUGAGCGCAUUGCCAUUGGGAUGAGCUAUCAAUCGGGCCAGGAGGAUAGAGUGCGAGAGGUGCGAGCCACCGAAUCGGGUGAAUUACAAUUUACGCCUCGACUCUACUGGAACGACACCUGGAGCGUUGACAUAGAUGUGCACAACUUUGAUGCGAUAGAGGAUUACAAGAACUAUGUGACCUGCUUUUUUUCGCAGCGCCACAUCGCCGAGACUGAGGAUGACGAUCCUGGGAUGACCUGGGAGAUAGAGUUUUUCCCGCGAGGCGUUAAGUACAACAAGGCCAAAAUGGUAUGGGGCGAGGACGUACCAGGCUGCUCUUUAAACACAGUUCGCCUACGGGUUACCUGCAAGCAUCAAAACAUUGGCGAGGAACGAUUCAAGAUAGCCGUGCUGAUCGUGGGCAUGCAGAACCAGAUAAUGCACAUCCGAACGGUGGUGGAGCGCACGGAGUACUUCUCGGAUUCGUCGCGCGUUAUCAAUCUGGACAACCUGCUGCCGUACGAGGAGCUGGAGCACACAUCACCGUACUUGAGUCCCCAUCUGACGGGCACCGCACGGAAUACACUUACCCUGCAUGUGGUUAUCACGCCGAUGGGUUCCCAUACAUGCCGGGAUACGCCGCCGUUUCAGUUUUAAAGACGUUUAACACCGAUUUGGUGGGCGCAUCUUGACCUCUCUAACUCCGUACUUUCCGGCGCAUCCGCAGACAUCUCAUGCAACCAACCAAACGUAUUUUCACUCUUCCAUUCAUAAUUUUGUAUGUAUGUAUGUAAAAAAUCGGAAAUCCAAUGCGACUGCGAAAUUCCCUAGGGCUCAAUCUAUGCGAUCCUGACUGGCGGGAUGUUUCACCCGUCCGCCGUAAACCCUUCCUGCAAUAUGUUUUGUUAUAAGUUUUUUGUUUUGUAUAAGUUAAGCGCACCGAAAGGAGUGAGUUCUUAGGCAGGGCCAUAAUCACUGAUGAUUGCGGAUCCCAUGGAUAGCUGAUAUUGGCCAUAAUGGACACGACACUCGAGCAUGUAAGAGAUGGUACCGUAUUUACUGUACCAGCAUGAAUGCCAACUGUAUUGAAACUAGACUAUGAAAAGGAGAUUUUCUAAUAAAAGUUGAAAUGUAAAGUAAAAAAAAAA